GCCGCGGCUGCCUCCUGCCCAGCUCCUCCAGCCCUUUGCUCGCCUCUUGGCCAGCACACGCUCCGCCUAGGUCAUGCCUGCCCCUCCAGGCUCCGACGAGCUGGUUUUCUUUGUGAAUGGGAGGAAGGUGAUAGAGCGGGAUGUGGACCCAGAAGUGACCCUGCUGACCUUCCUGCGAAGGAACCUUGGUCUCACAGGCACGAAGUCGGCCUGUGGAGGAGGAAGCUGCGGCGCCUGCACCGUGAUGCUGUCCCGGCUCGACGUGGCCUCUGGGAAGCCCAGACAUGUCUCAGUCACCGCCUGCCUGGUGCCCCUCUGCUCUCUGCACGGGGCAGCUGUCACCACUGUGGAAGGCGUGGGAAGCAUCAGGACCAGGGUCCAUCCUGUACAGGAGAGGAUCGCCAGGACUCACGGCACGCAGUGUGGCUUCUGCACGCCCGGGAUGGUGAUGUCGCUGUACGCGCUGCUCCGCAACCACCCGCAGCCCUCCGAGGAGCAGCUUCUGGAGGCGCUGGCGGGGAACCUGUGUCGCUGCACUGGCUACCGGCCAAUUCUCGAGGGCGGCAGGACCUUCUGCUUGGACUCAGGCGGCUGCAAGCAGAGCGGAGCCGGGCAGUGCUGCCUGGACCAGCCAGGAAACAGCUCCACCCCACCAGAGAGCAGUGGCCCACAAGCUCAUAUGUGCUCAGGGUUGCUGCCCAGAACUGAGUUCCAGCCCUGGGACCCCACCCAGGAGCCCAUCUUCCCCCCAGAGCUCGUGCGGAUGGCAGACAGCCUGGAGCGACGCAGCCUGACCUUUCAUGGAGACAGAGUCACCUGGGUCUCCCCGGGAACCCUGCAGGAGCUGCUGGCACUGAGGGCACAGCACCCAGAAGCCCCCCUGGUACUGGGCAACACAGCUCUGGGCCCUGCCAGCAAGCCCCACGGCCGUGCCCACCCGCUGCUCAUCUCUCCCGCCCGGGUCCCAGAGCUGAGUACUGUGAUCGAAUCCGACGAUGGCCUGACUGUUGGCGCCAACUGCAGCCUGGCCAAGCUGCAGGACGUCCUGGCCAAGAGCAUCACUGAGCUCCCCAGCGAGAAGACGCAGACGCUCCGAGCCCUCGCGAAGGCCCUGCGCAGUCUGGCCAGCCAGCAGGUCCGGAACCUGGCGUCCUUAGGGGGCCACGUCAUGAGCCGACAAAGCUCCUCGGACCUGAACCCCAUCCUGGCCGUGGGGCAGGCGGCACUCCGACUGCUCUCGGAAGGGGGCGUGAGGCUGAUCCCCCUGGACGAGCUCUUCCUGGCAGGGGUAGCAAGCGCCAGCCUGCGGCCUGGUGAGAUCCUGGAGUCUGUGCACAUCCCGCACUUGCGGAAGUGGGAGUUUGUGUCCAGCUUCCGGCAGGCCCAGGCCCCACAGAAUGCUAUACCACACGUGAGUGCCGGCAUGCGUGUGCUACUCGCAGAGGGCACCAGUGUCAUCGAGGACCUGAGCAUCGCCUAUGGCGGAGUGGGUGCCACCACGGUCAUGGCACCACGGUCCUGUCAGCAGCUCCUGGGCCGGCCCUGGACAGAGGACACGCUGGGCGAGGCCUGCAGGCUGGUCCUGGGCGAGGUCACCAUCCCCGGCGCAGCCCCCGGAGGCAGGGUGGAGUUCAGGAGGACCUUGCUGGUCAGCUUCCUCUUCAGGUUCUACCUGCACGUUCUGCAGGAGCUGAAGACAAGCCGGGUUCCGGGGCCCCCGAGCACCCGGAGCAUGAGUGUGCAGCCCUUGGACAUCUGGCACUAUCCCCGGCUCCCAGACCUGACCCUCAGUGCGCUGGAGGACCUCCCUGCUACAGUGCCCCAGGGCAUGCAGACGUAUCAGCGAGUGAACCUCCAGCAGCCAUCUGAAGACCCGGUAGGCCGUCCUGUCAUGCACCUCUCUGGCCUGAAACACGCUACAGGGGAGGCGGUGUUCUGUGAUGACCUCCCCAAGGUGGACGGAGAGCUGUCCAUGGCCUUGGUGACCAGUCCCAGACCUCACGCAAAGAUCGUGUCAGUGGACCCGUCUGAGGCCCUCAGACUCCCCGGGGUGGUCGACGUGAUAAUGGCCAAGGACAUCCCAGGCACCAACGGCACAGAGGACGACAGGCUACUGGCUGUGGAUGAGGUGCUAUGCGUGGGCCAGGUCAUCUGUGCUGUGGUUGCUGACACGGAUGUGCAGGCGAAGCGAGCAACAGGGAGGGUCAGGGUCACCUACGAGGAUCUAGAGCCAGUAAUCCUCAGCAUCCAGGAAGCCGUGAAGCAGAGCUCCUUCCUGUGCCCCGAGAAAAAGCUUGGGCAAGGAAAUGUGGAAGAGGCAUUCGAGAAAGUGGACCACGUGGUCGAAGGAGAGGUGCACGUGGGGGGGCAGGAGCAUUUCUACAUGGAGACCCAGAGGGUUCUGGUCAUCCCCAAGGCUGAGGACCAGGAGCUGGACAUCUUCACCUCCACCCAGGACCCAGCCCACGUGCAGAAAACAGUGUCUUCAACACUGAACGUCCCCCUCAGCCGGGUCACCUGCCACGUGAAGCGUGUGGGCGGAGGCUUCGGGGGCAAGGUGGGGAGGCCGGCCGUGCUCGGGGCCAUCGCAGCCGUGGGCGCCACCAAAACUGGUCGUCCUGUGCGCCUUGUCCUCGACCGUGAGGAGGACAUGUUGGUAACUGGGGGAAGGCACCCACUGUUCGGAAAAUAUAAAGUGGGCUUCAUGGACAGUGGACGGAUCAAAGUUCUGGACAUCGAGUGCUACAUUAACGGGGGCUGCACGCUGGACGACUCCGAGCUGGUAAUCGAAUUUCUCAUACUAAAACUGGAAAAUGCAUAUAAAAUCCGAAACCUCAGGCUCCGGGGCUGGGCAUGCAGGACACACCUACCGUCCAACACAGCAUUUCGUGGCUUUGGCUUCCCUCAAGGAGCCCUGGUGACAGAAGCGUGCAUCACUGCAGUGGCAGCCAAGUGCGGCCUUCUGCCAGAAGAGGUCAGAGAGAAGAACAUGUACAGGGCGGUGGACAAGACCAUCUACAAGCAGGCAUUCAGCCCCGAGCCCCUGCGCCAGUGCUGGGCCAAGUGCCUGCAGCAGGCUGACCUGCCAGGCCGGCGGGCGCAGGCGGAUGCUUUCAACCAGCAGAGCCACUGGCGGAAGCGGGGUGUCGCUGCGGUCCCCAUGAAGUUCUCCGUUGGUUUUGGGGCCUCCAGCUUCCACCAGGCAGCGGCGCUGGUGCACAUCUACAUGGACGGGUCUGUGCUGGUCGCCCACGGUGGCAACGAGCUGGGCCAGGGCAUCCACACCAAGAUGCUGCAGGUGGCCAGCAGGGAGCUGCGGGUGCCCAUGAGCCGCCUGCACAUCCAGGAGACCAGCACGGCGACUGUGCCAAACACAGUGGCCACUGCGGCAUCCAUCGGCGCCGAUGUCAACGGCAGGGCUGUGCAGAACGCCUGUCAGACGCUUCUGAAACGCCUGGAGCCUAUCAUUAAGAAAAAUCCAGAAGGCACCUGGGAAGACUGGGUAGAAGCAGCCUUUGAACAAAGAAUCAGUCUCUCGGCCACUGGAUACUUCAGGGGCUACAAGGCCUUCAUGGAUUGGGAGAAGGGCGAGGGAGAGCCCUUCCCUUACUACGUCUUUGGGGCUGCCUGCUCGGAGGUUGAGGUUGACUGCCUGACAGGCGCGCACAGGAAACUCAGGACAGACAUCGUCAUGGACGCUGGCUGCAGCCUGAACCCCGCCCUCGACAUCGGGCAGGUGGAAGGCGCAUUCCUCCAGGGCGCUGGCCUGUACACCUGCGAGGAGCUGCUCUACUCUCCUGAGGGCGCCCUGCUGUCCCAGGGGCCUGGGGAAUACAAGAUCCCCACUGUGGCCGACGUGCCUGAGGAGUUCAACGUGACCUUGCUGCCGUCAUCACAGACCCACCGCACCCUCUACUCAUCGAAGGGCCUUGGGGAGUCCGGGAUGUUCCUGGGGUCAUCGGUGUUCUUUGCCAUCUGUGAUGCAGUGGCUGCAGCACGCAGGGACAGAGCCCUCCCCGAGGACUUCACAGUGAGAAGCCCGGCCACACCAGAGCGGGUCCGCAUGGCCUGUGAAGACCGCUUCACAGAAAUGAUCCCAAGAGAUGACCCCGGGACAGUGAAACCUUGGUCCAUCCCAAUAGCAUAAUCUUGUCACCUGCUGGAAGGUGAAACGAUGGCUUCUUAAUCAUAACUCCAAGCAGAUAUUCUUAUACUAUUGUGGGAACAUAAGGUACAAAAUUCAGAAAUAUGAUUCAAGCCUAAUUACUUUAACAAGAUGAAUCAUUGUUUACAAAUUACUUAGAGUCCUGGGCUCAGAGGCCAGAAAGGACUGCAGCAUCCAUGCAGAUUUUCUUCUGGAAAGAUCAUGGAAGACUGCUGCACAAGCAAACUCUUCCUCUCCGUGUCCAGCUGAGCUCACUGACCGGCUGCACAGCCCCAAGCAUGCUGACGGGCAGCACGCAGGGAGAAGCUCGUGACUGCCCAGACUGUCCUGGUCCCCAAGCCUGGCCGAGGCCUGUGCGCUGCAGCUGGUGCACAGGGAGGCGUCUGCACGUGUAGGUUGACCGUCCCACUAGCUCGCCCUCCUGUGGGACGUGAGGGGAAGGCACACAAACAUUGCAGUGCAUCAUCACGAAACCCUGUUGCGGGUUUUGGUUCCCUUGGUGAGAAGCGGCUGCCCUGGUGUCAGCACUCUGGAAGUGGGGCGGCUGCGUCUCCUGCACACUGAACGGGGUGGCCCAGAGGAAACGAAGCAUGAACCAGGGUUAUACUCCAGUGCGGUUAUAAGGCAGGGAGGUACGCUGACCUUGGUGCUCUAAGUCCUGUGUUCCAUCCCUGGCACCACAGAAAUAAAAAUACAAACAUUAAAAGAAGAAGACAUGUAGGAUCCAUGGAAUUCAGCGGAGCUUUGGGGACUCAGAGCAGGAGUCUGUGGAUCAAUUUGGCCUGUCUUGGCAGAGUCAGGAGGAAAAUGGAGAAUCCACAGCUCAGGGUCUCCUGGCGGAGACUGCUGCAGGAGGAGGCAUGCACGUCCUCUCCGGACACAGGGACAUCUGGCCUCUGGUGCACCUGCCACCUUGGGAGGGCCCACCAGGACCCAAGGGAGGGAGCCGGAGAGAGAAGAAAGGAGACUGAAGCAGGUCACCAGCAGGACAGCCAUGCAGACAGCUACCCGAGGGCAGCAGAGCCGGGACAGCGUGGGAGUAGCUGGGGAGAAAUAAGCUGAAAGUAGUGCAACUUCAAAGCUCUUCUGCAAAUAAAUCCUUGAUUGCACGA